UUUCUGUUAACAAUAAGCUGAUUAACGUACUCUACUAUUAAACUAUCCCGUCGCAAGUACUAUCAACGGUAUGGAGUUACGGCGUUAGCGGAAUCAGCAGGACUCCAUCGACACCCGGAACAUUCACCUAUCUCCGUAGGAGGUAGUUAACUAGGUCCGGUUGGCAAAUCAGGAAAUAUUAGGAAAUAAGGACUUCAGUCGGACGGAUUUCGGACGAAACAGUUGGGUAUAAAACAGUAGUCUAGCUACACGAUAAAGGCGGUACCUUCUAGACCUUCGUGUAAUGUAUGUCGUUCUCUCUACAGCCAUCAGCAAUUCAUUAAAAACUACUUGUCCUCUAAAUUCGCCCCCAUCUUAGGAAGUUUCAUCAAACCCGCCACUCAACAUGUCAUCACUCAAGCCAAUUAUCCUCUGGGGUCAUACCUCGGGUCCCAACCCCUUAAAAAUCCAUAUAAUCCUCAAAGAGCUCGAUAUUCCCUUCGAUUAUAAGAUAGUUGAAGGGGAAAACGUGAAAAAAGAGCCAUUCAUCACUAUCAAUCCGAACGGAAGAGUGCCAGCAAUUGAAGACCCGAAUACCGGCGUCACCCUAUGGGAGUCUGGUGCGAUCAUCGAAUACAUCAUCGACGUCUACGAUAAAGAGCACAAGUUAAGCUACGGUACUUCUCCCGAAAAGUACUUGAUCCAACAGUGGAUCGCCUUCCAAAUCUCAGGACAGGGGCCGUACUACGGUCAAGCCGUAUGGUUCUACCGAUUCCAUCAUGAGAAGCUACAGUCCGCAAUUGAUCGGUACGUCAAGGAGAUCGAGCGCGUGAGGAGUGUUCUCGACACGCAUCUCUCCAAGUCAUCAUCUGGGUGGCUUGUCGGUGAUAAAAUGACUGUUGCGGAUCUCAGUUGGAUUAUGUGGGAGCAAAUUGCAACUUUCCUAUUAAGUUUCAUGGACAUCAAUCUGGAGGGGAAGUAUCCGCACUAUGAUGUCUGGUAUAAGAAGUUGCUCGAGAGGCCCACCGUACAGAAGGUCUUGGCUAUAAGGACAGAGGGCCUUAUCCAGAGUGGUCUUUUGAAGGCAGAAGAUCUUGCUAAGCAUAAAUAAAACACAUAUAGCG